AUGGGCGGCGGCUGGUGUUGUAAGAGUCCCAAGAAGAACCGUGUGAGCCCCCAUGGUUUAAUUUACAAGAAUUUCCCGCACUUUGUCAACAAGGAUGGGACGUAUCUAUUCUGUAGAUACUGGGAACCCAUCACCACUCCCAGAGCGAUGAUGAUGAUAUUACAUGGUGGAGGGGAACACAGUGGGUGCUUCAAGAACAUCACUCCAAUCUUCACGAAUCUGUCCAUGUUUGUAUUUUCACAUGAUUACAUUGGCCACGGGCACAGUGAGGGGGCUCGUCUAAGCGUGCCUGAAUUCGGUAAUUACAUCCGAGACUGCAUACAGCACAUCGAUUUGAUGAGAGAACGUUACCCUACGCUGCCUCUUUACAUCUUGAGCAACUCCAUGGGAGCACUGAUUGCAAUUAAUGUGUUGAUCCAGAAACCUGAAAACAUUGCUGGGAUGAUUUUUAUUGCUCCUCUAGUGCAAAUGAAUCCCGAAUCAGCUACGCCAUUUAAGAUGUUUUGUGCCAAAGUGAUGUAUCACCUGAUGCCGAACUUUGUCUUGGGACAUUUGGAUCCCCAAUGGUUGUCAAGUUCACCAGAGGAGGUGCAGAAGAUGGUGGAUGAUCCUCUCCACAGCCUUGGGCCUUACAGGAUGCGGUUUACCGUCCAGGUGUUGGAAGCCGUGGCCAAGGUUAAAGCAUUUCUGCCAUUAAUCGAAAUACCCUUGCUGAUCGCUCACGGCGAGUUUGACAAACUCUGCGACAUUAACGGCUCCAUCCUCUUGUAUACGUCCGUGUCAAGCAAGGACAAGACUAUGAAGAUCUUCAAGGAUGCUUUUGCCCAGCUGCACAACGAGGCACCAAGCAUCACCAGAGAACUGCAGGUGCUGAUCAGGAAGUGGCUCAUACAAAGACUGCCGCCGAUGGCAGAAUGAGUCAAUAUGAAACUCGUUUCAUGCAAUUCUUCCAAUUUGUCUUGACGUCAAAUAUCUUGUUAUGAGGGGGUUUGGGUGGGAGAUAGGGGUGGGGUGGGAUGGGACCAAGACCAAUUUCUACGUGCUGAAGAAACUUUACUGAGUAAAAACGAUGUCAAUGUUUUCAUCUGUACUAUCUGCAAAAGUAAAUAAAUAAAUAACUC